CCAGAUAUUGUUGACAUGGCGACAACAGGCAGCGGACAGGGUUCGGAUGAUACCAGGAGAGGAUCAGUAGGGGGUUCUGCUGACACUGUUUUUACCUGGCAAGGAAAAAGACGUGAAGAGUCUGUAGAGGAGUUCAGUGAGGAGGAAAAAGGUGUAGAAAUGUACAAGUGUGAGGAGUGCCGGAGACAAUUCAGCCGCCUGGGUGAUCUAAAGACACACAUGCGGACUCACACUGGGGAGAAACCUUACAGAUGUGAGGACUGCAGCAGGCAGUUCAAUCACCUAGGUAAUUUGAAUAAACACUUGCGAACUCACACAGGGGAGAAACCCUACAGGUGUGAGGAAUGCAGCAGGCAGUUUACUGAGUUUGGAACACUGAAGACACACAUGCAUACUCACACUGGGGAGAAGUCCUACAGAUGUGAGGACUGCAGCAGGCAGUUCAAUCACCUAGGUAAUUUGAAUAAACACUUGCGAACUCACACAGGGGAGAAACCCUACAGGUGUGAGGAAUGCAGCAGGCAGUUUACUGAGUUUGGAACACUGAAGACACACAUGCGCACUCACACUGGAGAGAAACCUUACAGAUGUGAGGACUGCGGCAGUCAGUUCAAUCACCUAGGUAAUUUGAAGAAACACAUGCGGACUCACACAGGGGAGAAACCCUACCGAUGUAAAGAGUGCGUCAGGCAGUUUAGUGAGGCUGGUCAUCUGAAGAGGCACAUGCGGACUCACACUGGUGAGAAACCCUACAGGUGUGAGGAAUGCAGCAGGCAGUUCAUUGAGCUUGGAACUCUGAAGAAACACAUGCGGACUCACACUGGAGAGAAACCAUACAGAUGCGAAGAGUGCAGCAGGCAGUUCAGUCAGCUGGUUCGUUUGAAGGAACACAUGCGGACUCACACUGGAGAGAAACCCUACAGGUGUGAGGAGUGUGGCAAGCAGUUUAGUAAGCUUGGUGAUUUGAAGAGCCACAUGCGUAUUCACACUGGGGAGAAACCCUACAGGUGUGAGGAGUGCGGCAGGAAUUUCAGUCGGCUUGGGACUCUGAAAAAACACAUGCGGCGCGGACACACAGGAGAAACUCUACAUAAGGCAGGAGUGUAG